AUGGAUGAUAUCAGUCUCCUUGCACCCACAUCCAUUGCCAUUGCGGAAAGAAGGUGCUUCAUUGAAAACAAGGAGAUCCAGAGAGGGCCUAGUGGUUACAACACGGAUGCUGACAACUGUGGUGGUGAAGAAGUAGAGGAGGAGGAGGAAAGACAAGGUGGUGCCAACAAGGCUCGGGAGGAUCUUCAUGGAAAGAAGGUUGUUGAAGACGAUAAAAUGCACAAGGUUGGUAGAAAUAUUUUUGUGGUUGGAAGUUUGUGGCAAUGGAUAGUUCUUGUUGGACGUUCAAAUGAAUUUGACUAA